AUGGGCUUUUCUAGUACCUGUAAAUUUGUUAAUUUAGGACUCAAAACUCGGAUUUUUAGAAAAUUCCGAGGGCAGCCAACUAAGUCUUACGACUGGAUCAGGAAUCAUAUAGAUAAACUUCUGAGAAAUGGUAGAAUAGAAGUUACAUUACCCAGAGCAAAAGAACUUCAACAAUACAUUGAAGAACUUAUAUAUCAUGCAAAAAGAGAUACACACGAAUCUGACCUAAUAGUGGAAUCUGUCAUCAGAACACCCGAAUCGAGGAGCCUGCUAUAUGAAAAAUACAUACCGCUGUAUAAAUAUAGAAACUUCUUUUUUACCAGGGUAAUUAAUCAGUUCAGAUUAAGGCAAAGGGACAGUUCCCCAAUGGCGUUCCUAGAGCUAGUUGAUACAGAAAAUGAAACAUUUCCUGCUAAGCCAGUUGGACAUGAUAAGUUAAAUCAUGUUCUAAAUUUGAUGAAAUUGAACAGAAGAAAUUAUCGCAAAUACUUUAACUAUGGAAGAAAGAACGGACUUGUUGAUGAGGGAGGCAACUUGAUCGAUGAAGUUAAAAUGGAAGAAAAACAGUGGUUUAACAAUGACAACAAUAUAAGUACAGUGGAUAAAAGUAGCUUGGAAGACGAAGAUGUUAGAAAGAGGCUGGAUUCCAUACAAAAAGUUGACGAUAAAAUGAUAAAUGAAAUGUUGGAUCCCCUCCACAAGCCCAAUAAAAAAAUAACGAAAUCACUCAAAUUUAAUCCAUAG